GGAGCGUGGGGCCAUGGCGCUGCGGCAGGGGUGGGGGGUGUGCUCUUGGGAGGCGGGCAUCGUCAUGAAGCCCAUCCUGAGCGAGCGGCGCAGCGAGGCAACGUCCCGCACGCGGACCCCCGGCCCUGGGCCGGCCCCGGGCCCCGAGGAGCCUGCAGGAGCCCCCUCCUUACUGGAGCUGGGGAGAGAAGGCCCAGAUGGAGCAGAGGUCGGGCCUCAGGCCUGGGCCUCCGGCUCCCAUACCCCAAGAGGGGUUUGCAACCCUGUGGCCUCCCAGGGAGCCAGACAAGGACACACCUGAGUGUGAGAAAUGUCCCUGCUCUACCACUGAUAGCCUUUCUGAAUGUCCUGGGUCUCAAUUUCCACAUCUAACAAGAGGAACAGUACGAUGUUUGGGGUUUGAUUCAAAUACUCCAGCACACUACAACAAAAGAUAUUGAAACAAGAUUGAGUUUCAAUUGUGAGUUGACAACUGUUGAAACCCCCUGCUGGGUCCCUAGGGGUUCAUUUUACCAUUCUCUCUAGUUUGGGGCAUGUUUGAAAAUUGUCAUAAGGAUCCACUUGAAAAAAUAAGGACCGGGGAGAAAAACAGUAUCUUCCUCGUACGGUUGCUGUGAAAACCAGCGACGAUAUGACAAUAACAGCUGCAGCAGCACCAGAACAAUUUAGUGGGCGCUUACGGAGUAGCAGGCACCCAGCAGGAUCCUGGUAAGUUCCUCCCCACUCUUCCGUGCGUCCGUAGGCCAAUGGCAGCAAGUGCCUACAAGUAAGGGAAUCCCGGGCCUCCCCGCAAACUCCUCCCCUUUCUCUCCGCCCUCCGCGGCCCCUCCCUCCGAGGAAGAGCUGGGCUGGGGCCCAGCAGGUGUGGGGUUAAGGCAUCCUGUUCCGGGCCCCUGGAACAGCAGCGGCAGCGGCAACUGCACCAGCAGUGGUCGGGGCAGACCUGGCCCCGGGCCAGCUGGCUGGGAGCCCCAGGAGCGAGAAAGGGCGGAGGAAGGGGAGGAAGAGGGGAAAGAGGAGGAGGAGGAGGAGAGGAGCAGUCAGCAGGCCCGAGGAGGCAGGACUUCCUGGCGUGGGGGUUGUCAACAGCCCCGAAAGAGAAAGACCGAGAGGAGCGGAGGGAGACCCAGCGGUGCCACGCGGAAGGAGACUUGGGAGAGCCACUCGCCGCGACGACCACCGAGGCGGCUCCACCUGCAGGGUCGGGGGCUAAGGCGCCCCCUCCCGCAUCGGUCCGCAGACCCUUGGGGCUUCGGAGGCCGCGCCUGGGCUCCGCCAAGGAGGCGGGGGUUCCUUCUUUUCUGGACAGCAAACUUUCCGCGGAGAUGCCUUUCGGGGCGAGGUGCGGCCCCCGAAGAGGACCGGCCAGCCUCUAAUUGCCGCCUGCGCCCCCGAGCUGCUGGGGCCACGAGGCCCCGGGGAAGGGACAACCCAACAUCUUAGGCGGCCGGGACCCCCGGCCCAGCUCGGUGGCCGCGGCCGAGAGUUUGCAAACUCAGCUCUGGAGUUCGGCGGUGGCAGCGACAGCAGCAGGAAAAACCUGCCCCUGCCCCCCCAGCUCCCGCCACCUCCCCUACCCUGUUCUCCCUUCACCAACCAGGCACCCCCAGUUCCCGUAAGGCCCUCCUGCCAUGUCGGACCCAGACAUCCCCAGGGGCCCUGAUGUCCCCACCAUGUGGCCCCCCUGUUCCAGGGGUGCCUGAGCCCCUCGAAGAGCCACCACCGCCCCCCUGCCCACCUUGGCCCAGUCCUGAGCCCCAGGGACCAUGAGUGGGGGCAAGAAGAAGAGUAGUUUCCAAAUCACCAGCGUCACCACGGACUACGAGGGUCCGGGGAGCCCAGGGGGUCCAGAUCCCCCUGCCCUGCCGGCUCCCACUGGGCCCCCGCCCCGCGUGCCCAACGAGGAGCCCAACCCCGAGCCAGGGGGCAAGGGCACCCCCCGGAAUGGCUCCCCACCGCCUGGGGCCCCCGCCUCCCGUUUCCGGGUGGUGAAGCUGCCCCAAGGCCUGGGAGAGCCUUAUCGCCGAGGCCGUUGGACAUGUGUGGAUGUUUACGAGAGAGACCUGGAGCCCCCUAGCUUUGGCCGGCUCCUGGAAGGGAUUCGAGGGGCCUCAGGGGGCAAUGGGGGCAGGUCUUUGGAUUCCAGGUUGGAGCUGGCCAGCUUAGGCCUGGCCACCCCUACCCCACAGCCAGGCCUGUCUCAGGGCCCCACCUCCUGGCUCCGCCCGCCCCCCACCUCCCCUGGACCUCAGGCCCGCUCCUUCACCGGGGGGCUGGGCCAGCUGGCAGUGCCCGGCAAGGCCAAGUUGGAGACAACCCCCCUGUCAGCCUCCGCGCCCCAGCAGCGCCCCCCAGAGGCCGGGACGGGGGAUAGCGCGGGCACUUCCCGGGCUGCCACGCCCCUGCCCUCUUUGAGGGUAGAAGUGGAGGCAGGGGGCUCAACAGCAGGGACCCCUCCACUGUCGCGUACGAAGGAUGGAGCUCUGCGGCUGAGGAUGGAGUUGGUUGCUCCAGAGGAGAUGGGGCAGGUGCCCCCACUCGACUCUCGCCCCAGCUCCCCAGCCCUCUACUUCUUCCCCGAUGCCAGUCUGGUUCACAAGUCUCCAGACCCCUUUGGAACAGCGGCUGCCCAGAGCCUCAGCUUCGCCCGCUCCAUGCUGGCCAUCAGUGGCCACCUGGACAGUGAUGACGAUAGUGGCUCCGGAAGCCUGGUUGGCAUUGACAACAAGAUCGAACAAGCCAUGGUCUUCUUCUGGAAACACAAAGCUAAGUCAACCAUCGCAGAAUUCACUGACUCCAAGAAAAAUGAGUUGAAGGAGAAGGAGUUGGAGUUGAAGGAGUUGAAGGAGAAGGAGAAGGAGUUGAAGGAGAAUGAGUUGAAGGAGAAGACUUCCAAGGUGUCUGAGACUUUCAAGUUGGUUGAGUCCCCCAAGGAGGCUAAGGUCUCCAAGAUGGAUGUGUCCUCCAAGGCGGCUGACCCCUGCGUGUUGGCCAAGACCACCACGGACGGGGCUGCGGUGGAGGUGGGCCAUGGGCCGAGAUCGCUGUUGCAGCUGCUCCGGACUGCCGUCAAAUCUGUCUCCACGCUCAUGGUCUCCGCCCUGCAGUCUGGCUGGCAGAUGUGCAGCUGGAAGUCAUCUGUGAGUUCUACCUCAGUCACCUCCCAAAUGAAGACCGGGUCCCCUUUGGAGUCGAGAGGGACUGAGAUGCUGCAGGAAGUGUACCUGGUGCUGUGGGCCGUUCGGAAACGACUGCAGCGGCUGGCCCGCAGGCAGGAGAGGCAGCGACGGCGCCACAUCCGGGCCCACAUCUGUCCCCAACCUGACCCAGUUCAGGGCUUGAGACAGGAUUCCCAGAGUCCCCUCUAGGGGGGAACCCCACAUCCUCAGAAAGCCCCCACCUCACUCUUAGGUAAGGUUGAUAGGAGAGGUUAGGGCAGCAGGCCAGGAGUUGUGGGUGAGGAGAAGUUUUCAAACCGUCACCUCUCAUCGGGACCCCAAGGCCUGGCCUGGGGGCCCACGUACUCUCCUUCAUUCCUUUUAUUCAAUUUGUAAAAAAUUAUCAAAAUGUUGGGAAAUAAAUAUCGGAAAUUUC